AUGUCUGACAGAGUGGACGGAUUCAAAUCUGCUAAUAAGAAGGAAGAUAAAUCUCUCAUCAGUCAAGUCAACAGCAAACUGGGUGGAGAUCCAAAUGCAGAAAAGCCUACUCUUGCUGAUGCCACUAGAGAGUUCAAAAAGGUAGAUGGUGCCCAGGGGUUCCGAAUUCUCAUGGAUGCCCAAGGCGAUACUAUCUUGGUUAAUGGCAGAAACGGCGCUCUCUAUCUUGUCGGAAAGGACUCAGGAUACGAUGUCAGUGCCCCAUGGGGCACUCUCGAUACCAAUGAGAAUCUAUUGACUUUAGAUGUCUUUGGUCGCACACUAUCGUAUAAGCUCCUGCCGUCUUUUGAAAAGCGCGCCCAGUACUCGCGAGACCGACCUAUGUUGGCCGACCUAGUCGUGUCAGAUCCUAAAUGUGUAAAAUUUGGGUACCGCGCUACAGCAAUCAAGCAGCUGGAGGCCAAUGAACCUACCAAGAGAUACGGCAUCCCCUUAGUGUUUGAAGGAGACCCCAACUCGAAGCCGCCAGUGAAGCCACCAUUGUAUUAUCCCACAGCUUGCAAGACAGCCCAAAGACUAGAAGUCAUCGCCACUCGCGAGAUUGUUUUGGAGGAUGGCAAAGUUCAGUCUGCACUUAUCACGGGCUGCGAAAACCUGAUUAAACUUGCGAAGGAAAUGAGAAAUGAGCUCCGGGAUCACUACGGUGUUCAUUAA